AUGCUACGGAUGGGCUUCCCGUUCAUCGCCAUCUCCACCUUCGUGCUGGUGACGGUGGUGGCCAAGGCUACGGGACAGGGGAACAACCACUACUCCAAGGCCGGAGGGGUGGCGAACGAGGUUAUCGCGUCGAUCAGGACGGUCGCCUCCCUCACGGCGGAGGAGAACGAGAUGGACAGGUACUCCGCGCACCUCGACGGGGCGGAGAAGGCGGGCAUCAAGGCCGGCCUGAACAAGGGCGUCGGCACCGCUACGCUCUUCGCGAGCUUCUUCCUCGGCUACGCCCUCGCGUUCUGGUACGGCACAAAGCUCGUGGCGGACGACAUCGAAAGCGACUGCCAAAGCGACUGCGCGACGGGGGGCCAAGUCAUCACCACAAUCUUCGGCGUGCUCAUCGGGGCCAUGUCCUUGGGACAGAUGGCCCCGGGAGCUACGGCGCUUGGACAGGCCAAGCAGGCCGGGUACCGGGUGUUCGAGACCCUGGAAAGGGUGCCCCCGAUCGACGCGGCCAGUCCCGAGGGGUCGAAGCCCGACAAGGUCGAAGGUCGCCUCGAGUUCAGGGAGGUCGGGUUCUCCUACCCCACCAGGCCGGACGAGAAGGUGCUGGACUCGGUGUCAAUCAGCGUCUCCCCAGGGGAGUCCCUUGCCCUGGUCGGGCCCUCCGGCGGCGGAAAGUCUACCCUCCUCCUUCGGUUCUACGACCCGACCUCGGGAAGCCUUUUCCUGGACGGGCACGACGUCAAGAGCCUGAACGUGCAGUACUACCGGGGGAAGAUCGGAUACGUCGGACAGUUCAUCAAGAGCUUCCCGAGCGCGUACGCGACGGACGUGGGGACCGGCGGCCUCCAGCUCUCAGGGGGACAGAAGCAGGUGGUUCAGCAGGCCCUUGACCGUCUGCACAAGAUCCACAAGCACACCACGGUGGUGAUCGCUCACCGGCUGUCCACCAUCCAGGAUGCCGAUCGCAUCGCCGUCGUCGCGGAGCGGGGCAUCGCAGAGCUUGGCACCCACUCGGAGCUGCUGGCUAAGAACGGCAUCUACACUUCCCUCUGCGCCAUGCAGGGACCAGGAGGAGGCAACGGUUCCGCCGCUGCCACCGCCGGCGGCGAUGAUGGGGCCGAAGGCGCCGUUGCCAGGACUGCGAGGCAGAAGUCGGCCUCGGUGGAGAGCGCCAAGAUGCGGCGGCAGUCGAGCUCGGCCGUGAUGCACAAGGGGCAGCCCGGCGGAGAGGGUGGCGACGGCGGGACCGAGGCCAAGGCAAAGGGGGAAGACGAUGAGAUGGCCGGAAGCCUGUUCCCCAUCGAAGGCGUUCUUAUCGCCAACAUGCAGAACAACCUCUACGCUUCCGAUCCGGACAAGGUGCGGAGUGUCGGCGAAAAGUGGUCUCUCGGAUUCGUGGGUCUGGCGGCGGUGGCGAUCGUGGGACACUGCACCAUGGCCUACGGGUUCUCCGUAGCGGGCGAGCGCCUGACGCGCCGCCUGCGGGAGAUUGGGUUCAGGGCGAUUCUCCGUCACGACAUCGGGUGGUUCGACAAGGAGGAGAACGCGGUUGGAGCCCUCACUACCCAGCUAGAGGAAGACACCGCCAAGAUCGGUCUCCUGGCGCUGGCUCUGAUUCCCAUGAUGGCGACAGCAGCCAUUGUCCAGAUGCAGAUGAUGAACGGCAGCUACGGCGACACCGACGGCCUGGACGGGGGCGCGCAGGCUGGAGUAAUCCUCGGGGGAGCCCUGAACGGCGUCACCACCGUGGCCGCCUUCAACAUGCAGGACUCCACCUCUGCCAACUACGAGAAGGCGGUGGCCAGGUCCAUCGAGGGGCGUAAGAAGAGGGGUCUGAUGACGGCGGCGGCCUUCGGGUACAGCCAAGGGAUGAUGUUCUGGGUGUUCGCGAUCAUCUUCUACGUGGGCGCCGUCCUGAUCGACAACGGCACCAUCACCUUCCUUGCCUUCUUCCAGGCCUUCUUCGCUGUUUUCCUCGGGGCCUUCGGAGUCGGACAGAUCCAGAGCGAAAUCGGAGCAGCCAACGCGGCGCGGCACGCUGCCGGCAGAAUCUUCUUCCUCGACGAUGAGGACCUGCUCAUCGACCCGCUAGGCGAGGGCGGUGCUAAGGGCCCCUCUGGUGGCUGCGCCGUGAAGUUCAAGGGCAUCAAGUUCGCGUACCCUCAGCGUCCGGACGCGCAGGUAUACGGGUCGGAGAAAUUCCCGGGUGGCUUCAACCUGGAUGUCGGCGCGGGGGAGACACUGGCUCUAGUCGGGCCUUCGGGGAGCGGGAAGUCCACCUGCAUACAGUUGCUCCUCAGGUUCUAUGACCCAGAGGAGGGUACCGUUACCGUAGAUGGGCGCGACGUCAAGGAGAUCAACGUACACUGGCUGCGCUCCCAGAUGGGCUACGUUGGACAGGAACCGGUGCUAUUCACUGGCACCAUCCGGGAGAACAUCGCACGAGGCAAGCCGGGGGCAUCCAUGGCUGAGAUCGCAAAGGCGGCCAAGUCCGCUUUCGCGCACGACUUCGUCACUUCUUUCACGGACGGCUAUGAAACGGACGUCGGCGAAAAGAGCGCCCUUCUCUCCGGUGGCCAGAAGCAGCCGACGUACUGCUUCGUCCUGGACGUGAACAAGGCAUACGACACCGUGUGGAGAAAUGGGUUGUGGAAACAACUGUCCAAAUACGGGAUCAAGGGGAAAAUGUGGAGAGUGCUGAAGAAGAUGACAGAGUGUACGAAAAGCGCGGUCAUGCUAGACGGAGAACUGUCUAAAUUCUUCGACAUUGAGCAGGGGGUCCCACAAGGUUGCACGCUGUCCCCAACAUUGUUCCAGGUGUUCAUCAACGAUCUGUUGGAAGUCGUAGAGGCAGUCCGGAAGGGAGUAAAAGUAGGGGACACGGAAACGUCGGUUUCAGGAAUGCUGUUUGCGGAUGAUUUUGUCGGUAUGUCGGACACCCCUGAGGGACUGCAACUGCAAAUUGACGCGGCGAAGAAGUUUACUGAUAAGUGGAGAUUGUCUGCCAACGUUCAGAAGAGUGCCGUCAUGGUAUGCAACGAGAACAAGGAGGAACCAGUAGAACAUAGAUGGAAGUGGGGGAUCGAGGAGAUUGCAGUAUUGGACCAAUACACAUACCUCGGAGUAGAGAUCGCGAAAGACUGCUCGUGGAAUGCACACAUGNUGAGGCUCAAAGCCUCAGGAUCAUUUACAGAUUCAUUGCCGCGCCGACUGCAGUCGGCGCGGCAGUGCAUUCGUGGGACCGCCGGCCUCAGAGCUGGAGGCCUCAUCCAAAAUCCAAUACUUAGAUUAUAUGAUCCUAGGCCACGAGCAAUACUACAACAGAACGAAAAUUAUCCUAGGAUGCUCCAAGCGCACAAGAAAUGCAGCCGUCAGGGCGGAAUCGGGGGUCCAAUCCCUACGUCGGGAAGAGACGCGAGGAAGCUGAUCUGGCAGUAUCGCAUGUGCGGGAUGGGAGAGGAGAGGUGGGUUGAAAAGACGGGAAGGGUCCAGGCUGCUCUCGACAACUUGCAGUCGCAGAAGCGCCGCACCACUCUCGUGGUGGCGCACCGCCUUACCACGGUACGGAACGCAGAUCGCAUCGCGGUCAUUUCUCAGGGAGGCGUGAUGGAGCUCGGGACCCACGAUGAGCUCAUGGCCACGUGA